UGAUGCACCCAACUUGUCUCCUCUCAAAGAUACAAUGGCAGUCUCUUACACCUAUGCCCAUGUUCUCCUCCCAUUCCUUCAAUUAUUAAAUCUCUCUCCCUAUCCUCCAAGUAUUUAGAUCUUCAUGAUUUCUGCAUUACCUCUGAGAUAAGAAAAUGGCAAAUAAACUAGUUAUGUAUUUGCUUCUCUGUCUUUCUCUGAUUCUACUCUUUUCUUCUCAGCAACCAUCUAAAUCCAUAUUUUUUUCCUCAAAACCUGAAGUUGCAAGUAGUUGCAUCACAGGAAGGAAGCUUUUGAAAGUUGUUCCAGCUGCAUUUCUGUCACCAAAUCAUGCAGAUAAGAUUGAAAGAUUUGAAAUCAAAGUAGGCUUAAACAGCGGGCAUGAGAAUAGAGAAGAAGAUCAGGAGAUGAUUUAUACUGCAGACUACAGCAGAGUAAGAACGCAUUCCUCUCCAUUGCCAGAGCACCCGAAGCCAUAGCUGACUCUGAUGAUGCCAGCUAUCUCUUUAGGAUUAAGCGUGUUUUAUGAAAGUUUAAUAGCUAGUUAAUGAUUUGUAUCACCGAGUAUUUUAAGGAUAUAAAUGCAAGAUUAGAGAGAGCAAUGUUGUCAAAUGUAUUCAACAAGAAGUUGCUAUAAAAUCCUCAGCUUAACGCUCUAAAAGCAACAAAUGUGUUGGUUACUGUCA